AUGGAAAUAAUAUCAAAGGAGUUGAUAAGACCCUCGUCUCCAACUCCACUUGAAAAGAAAGACCACAAACUGUCUCUUUUGGAUCAGUUCUCCUCACAUUAUUUUAUCCCUAUCCUUUUCUUUUAUCAAAAACAGUCACCUCACUCAAAAGAUGUCAAUGUUGAUGAUCCUUCAAAAACGACCCUUCAUUUAAAACUGUCUCUGUCAGAGUCUUUAACUAAAUUCUACCCUUUAGAAGGCAAGUUGAACCCUAAUCGCCGCGCUGUUAGUUGCGACGACUCUGGAGCACUUUUUGUAGAACCUAAGUUUGAUGCAUCCCUCUCACAAGCAGUCCAAGCUGGCCCUUGUGAAAGUUUUUCUCAAUACUUGCCAUUUGAACCAGUUAUUGGUGGCCGCGAUGAUAAACUAUUACCAUCAAACCCAAAAGAACAAACAGUAUUCGCAGUCCAAAUCACUUGGUUUAGAUGUGGAGGAAAUGCUAUUGGAGUAUGUAUGUCUCACAAAGUAGCCGAUUUUUCAUCUCUGGUGAUGUUCCUGGAUUCGUGGUCCGCCUUAAAUCGCGGUGAAACUGUUGGAUCAGUACCAAACUUUGAUUUGGGGAGGCAAAUUUUUCCCCCACUAGACCGUGAUGUAGGCUUGCCUAAUCUAGUCCGCUUAGAGGAGGACAGGAAGGUUGGGUUGAAGCGGAUUGUUUUCGGCAAGGAGAAGCUACUAGGGUUGAAAAAACUGGCAACUUCAUCCCACUCGCCGGCAUCAUCACCGGUAGUGAAGGAUCCCACUCGGAUGGAAGUGGUUACUGCGUUUCUUUGGAAGCAUUUUAUCAAUGUGGAACGAGCUAAAAAUCAAGGUGGUUGUGCAAAAGAAAUAAUGUUCAACAUGUGGCAUGCUGUGAACUUGAGAACAAUUGCUACAAAAGCGUCAUUCAUCUCCAAUGAGAAUGAUGAGGCGGGAGCAAAAGAUUUCGGUGAUCUGGUUAGGCUCACGAGUGACGCAUUCAAGAUUGUCAACGAGGAUUUUGUUCUCAAUUGUGCGAUUCCCUUUGUAUGA